CUUAGAAUGUUAUACGAACCAUUUACGAACGAAACCGACAGUGAACUAUGAAAUGUCAAAAGGUCACUGAUCUUUACGUCAAUCAUUUGUGUCAUUGUCAAACGUCAAAUUAUUUCACAUUGCACCGGAUGAGUUUAGUAAAAUUAAAAUCAGUAAUCGGAAAUGGCUUCGUUGCGGAGCCCGUCCUCGCCCUCGGACGGCUACAAAAGGUUCAGUGAUGAUUUCGCAAACACCAGCAUCAACAAUUACGGCUCCAACGUUACAAACAGCCGCGCGGUGCCGGAGGCGGGCGGCGCGGACGGCGCGGGCGGGGACGGCACGCUGGAGCUGGGCAGCCGCUCGUCGCGCGGCGGCCUGCCCUGCACCGAGGACGAGCACUGGGAGAUGAACUACCAUGAGGCCGCCAUCUACCUAGAGGAAGGCCUGAACAACGAGAAGUUCGACUCGCACCCGUCCAGCCCCGAGGAGCUGCCGGCCUACCUGCGCGUGCACAACCCCUGCUACCACGGCCUCGACCUGCUCGCCUCGCUCGUGCUCAUCCUGCUCGCCUUCACCGAGGACCCCGCCGUGCCCGCCUUCCAACUGCCGGUGUGGGCGCACGGCUCGGUGGAGCUGCUGGCGCUGGCCGUCAUCGGCAUCGAGCUGCACCUCAAGCUGAAGUGGAUCGGCUGGGGGACCAUACUCAAACACAAGAGGACCAUGUUAAAGGGGAUAACCCUCCUGAUCAUGGUUCUAGAGGCGGUGGUGGUGCUGUGCCGCCAGUCGGCGCACUUCCGCGUGACGCGCGCGCUGCGCCCCGUGUUCCUCGUGGACACGCGCCACUGCGGCGGCGUGCGGCGCUUCAUCCGCCAGAUCCUGCAGUCGCUGCCGCCCAUCAUCGACAUGCUGGGCCUGCUGAUGUUCUUCGUGGCGACGUACUCGCUGCUGGGCUACUACCUGUUCUCCGAGCACGUGGACAACGGCCACUUCCGGACCAUCAGCGACUCCUUCGUCAGCAUGUUCGUUCUCCUCACGACGGCCAACUUCCCGGACGUGAUGAUGCCGUCGUACGCCAAGUCCAAGUGGUACGCCGUGUUCUUCAUUCUCUACAUCAUCACCGUGCUGUACGUGCUCAUGAACUUGAUGCUGGCGGUGGUGUACGAGACGUUCACGCGCAUCGAGCGCGACAAGUGCCGCGCGCUGCUGCUGCACCGGCGCCGCGCCGCGCGCCGCGCCUUCCGCCUGCUGGUGUCGCGCCGCGCGCCGCGCGCCGUGCGCCUGCGCCACUUCGCCGGCCUGCUGCGCCACUACGCGCCGCACUACGGCGGGCUAGACGUGUUCCUGCUGUUCAAGCAGCUGAACCGCAGCGGCUCGGGCGCGCUGUCGCGCGGCGAGUUCGCGGCGCUGUACGACGCGCUGUCGCUGCGCUGGGCGCCGCAGGCCGCGCGCGCGCCGUGGUACGCGGAGCGCGCGCUGGAGCCGCUCGGCCGCGCCGCCGCCGCCGCCGUCGCCUGGCCCUACUUCGAGCACCUCGUAUACGCGCUGAUCGUCGGCAACGGCGUGGCGAUGGUGCUGCGCGUGUGCGAGGCGGCGGGCGGGCUGCGCGACAGCGCGCGCCUGCUCUGCGCCUCCUGGGACACCUGGCUCUUCCUCACGCUGUUCCUGCUGGAGGCGGGCGUGCGCAUGUUCGCGGCGGGCCUGCCGCGCUACCUGGCGAGCGGCUGGAACGUGUUCGACCUCAGCGCCACGCUGCUGGCGCUGCUGGGCGCCGUGCUGCUGAGCGCGGCGCCCGACCUGUUCGUCGUUGUCAUCUUUCGUCCGCUCAGGCUGAUGCGGCUGUACAAGCUGAAGAAGCGCUACCGCGACGUGUUCGGCACGCUGGUGCUGCUGUCGCCGCUCAUGUCGUCGGCCGGCUGCGUCAUGCUCGUCAUGUACUACUUCUUUGCCAUCGUCGGCAUGGAGCUGUUCGCGGGCGCCGAGCUCAAGAACUGCUGCGUGAACACGACGGUGGAGGACUUCUACAAGUGGUCGCUGAACGGCUCCACGGCGCUGGGCUACUACUACCUCAACAACUUCGAGAACCUGCUCACGAGCGGCGUCACGCUGUUCGAGCUCACCGUCGUCAACAACUGGUUCAUCCUCAUGAACGCCUACGCCACCGUGGUCGGCCAGUUCAGCAGGCUCUACUUCAUGGUGUUCUACCUGUUCACGAUGGUGGUGCUCACCAUCGUGGUGGCGAGCGUGCUGGAGGCCUUCCGCUUCCGCAUCCAGUACAAGCGCAGCACCAGCAAGAGGGAUGAGGAGAAGCUGCUGCACGAGGAGGUGCACACGAGCUGGGAGGAGGCGCAGCGGCUGGGCGCCGCCGGCGCGCUGGCGGACGAGCUGCGCCCGCACCUGCCGCCCGGGAUGGAGGUGACGUUCAUCGGCACCCGCCCGCGCACCAAGGAGGUGCUGCAGCGCAGGAUGUACCAGAGCGAGAUACAGAAGUGGCUCGCCGAGGACGACGACAGUGAAGACGUGCCGCCCCUGGCGCCCGGCGACGCGCCGCCGUCGCCCGCGGCCUCGCCGCCGCCCGCCGCGGAGCCCGAGAGCCAGCAGCUGCGCGCCGGCUACCAGCUGUAGAGCACGCCCGCCUCCGGCCGGGUCGUCGCGCGGACAGAUCUCUGCGCCGGUCGCGCCCGGUUCUGUGUAAACAUGUAGAACUUUGGCGCGAUGAGGUGAAAGUGCAACUUUGGAGCCUUAUGAAAUUAACCUAUUUAGAGUUUUAACGUGACGCGUUAGACUCUACGCGUAAAUCUCACUCUUGAUAAGAUGGCUGCGGAAAACAUAAUUGUAUUGUUCGCGACAGGUGGAGAUGGCAAUUUUCUAAUGAUCGAUAUCGAUAGAAGCCGUAGAGCUCCCACAAAGUCCUUGUUCACCAACGAUAUGAUCUAGAGGCCCCAGUUUUAUCUGUUCCGUCUCACUAUUCGGAAUCAAUCAGGCAAUACUUUUCGGGUGGUUCACACUUCACAACUAAUACCUAUUCGACCACCAAAGCAAAUAGUUUGACUCGAAACAUUAUUCAAACACGAUCUAAGCGCGGUUAAUUAUCGAACAAUUAAAUAAGAAUUCCCAAUUCAUCGUGUAAUAAUUUAAAGCAAACGUCGUUUUACAGUAUUCGUACCGAUAAAGCCAACACGCGGCGCGAUCGUUUUGGGUUCUCAAACUAGUUUGAAGGCAAUGAUGAGGACAAAUAUUUCAAGUGUAU